CUUCACCAACUUCAUGGAGGAUUGGAACCAUGAACAAAUGUGGAGAGCUUUUAGUGGAUAUGGCAGAGUUAUUGAUAUCUAUGUACCAAACAGGAAGGACAGAUAUGGAAGACGGUUUAGGUUUGCCAGGUUUCAAGAGGUGAAAAACGUGAGUAUGUUGGAGAAGGAGCUAGAUCAUAUCAAAGUAGGAGGAGUCAAGAUCCAUGUAAAUCAACCAAGGAUCAAGAUGAACAGAUUGGGGAUUGCCCAGGCUACUGCUCCAGGGCAAUUGAGGAACCACACAGGGAAAUACAUGAAUGCCAACCAUAGGGAGAAGGGAAAAAGGGAAUGGGUAGCAAAAAGCAAAGAUUAUGAAUGGCGUGGUGAGUCAUGGUCACUUGGUUCGGUGGAAGCAACAGGUUCUGUUCAAGGCGAGAUUAAAAGAUUUUCAAGCUUCUCUGAAACUGGAGAUGAGGAAGACAACUAUGUGGCACCUUGGCAUGAAUGGGUAAAGGAGGGCAAAAAGGAGAGUCUAUCACAUGAUGUUUGGCCAACUCAAACAUUAAAUGAGGCAUUAGAGAAUAGCAUUCCCAAGGGGAGAAUUUCAAAUAUUAGCUGGAAAAUAAUGAAGGAAAUGUCAUAUGGAUAUAGGAGAAUGGAGAUGACGGCUGCUUCUUUUGAAAAAAGUAAUGAUGUAGGCCGGAUUAACGAAGAAGAAGAAACUAGAAAAAACUAUAGUAGGAGUAAAGAAACUACCGUUGAAAAAAUAGGCACCAAUUUAAAGAUGGACCAAACCAGCAACAGAACAAUGGAUCAAGGUGAAAUUGGGCUAGGUGCAGAUGGGCCAGGAAAGAAACACAAAGUAAAUGCAGAAGUGGCCCAAAACAAGGAAAAGGCCAUAAUGCACUCUAACAGAAACGAGAACCAGUCCAGCAGCAGCAACAUUGGGCCAAUGAUGAUGAAGAAUAAAAAACUUGGAAACAAUACAAGUGAGGUUGAUAGCCUGAGAUCAUUUUUCCAGGAUAUGGAUAACGACUUGGGGACAGUGCAAGAUUGGAUGAGGGGGAAGGAAAAACCACAAAGAAGUAAAAAGAGUAAGAGGGCCAAGUCAUGUGCGGCUGUUUACAAGGCUGCUAAGCUAAUCAGAAUAGAAGCAAGGAAAGGAAGAAGAACAAGAGGAAGAUCAAGGGAGAAGCAAUCGAAAGACAUGUCUAUGCCGAAGUUCCUUCCCGAUGUGAAUCAUGCAAUUGUCGAUGAGUUAAUAGAUGACAACAACAUCAACAAUUGCAACAAGGCCAUCUUAAAGUGCAAGAAGGAUUUUGGGGCAAGAGAAAGUUGGGAAUUUGCACAAUCAAUUGGUGUUGAGACACAGAGGAAUGAGGAAAGUAUAUUACGGAGACUGGAGCAAUUGGAGGAGAGGGGAAUAGGGUGUGGGUGGAAAUGGAGGGAGAUUAGGAAAUUGGUGGGUAAGGAGAAAGUCGAGUUUCUAAUGCUGCAAGAAAUAAAGAUAGGUAAUGUAGAUAGAGGCAUAUGUAGAGAAAUGUGGAGUACUAAAAAUUUCGAAUGGGUAGCUAAGAAUGCCAAAGGUAGUGCAGGAGGACUAUUAUGUUUAUGGAACCGUGAGAUCUUUGUACUUGAUAAGUCACUCCAGGAGCCAAUUUUGCUGGGCAUCUAUGGUUUUUGGGGUACUGAGAGGGUCCCUUGUUACAUUAUAAAUGUUUAUUCCCCUUGUGGCAAUAAUGGUAAAAGAGAUUUGUCGUGCAAUCUGAGCAAUAUUGCCAAUAACAGUGUGACAGCUAUGUGUGUGGGAGGUGACUUUAAUGUCACUAUUUCACAAGAGGAAAGAAAAGGUUGUCGAGGCAAUCGCAAAGAGAUGGAGGGUUUUAAAGAUUUUAUAGCAGAAAUAGGUUUGAUUGAUUUGCCAAUGAUUGGGAGAAGUUUCACUUGGAGCAUUUUAGACUAUUGCCCGGUGCUAUUGAAAAAUGAGAUGAAGAACUGGGGACCAAAGCCAUUUCGCUUUUUCAAUGCUUGGCUAGGGCAUCCGGAGUUUAAAGAAAAGUGGAGCAUAGAGCAUUUCAGUGAGCUGGACAAAACAAUAAAAGAAUGCAGGGAGGUGAUCUCCAAACUAGAUGUUAAAGGUGAAGCUCACACACUGACUGAAGAAAAGCUAGAAUUGAAAAAGAAAAGUGAAGUGGAUCUGUGGCAAAAGCUGCAAGCAAAAGAUUACAUGUUGAGACAGAAAACAACAACCCAGUGGCUUAAAUUUGGGGAUGCAAAUUCAAAGUUUUUUCAUCAAUGCAUCAAAGAUCUGAAGGAAGGUGUCGCAGAGUACUUCAAGGCACUGUUCACAGAGGAGGAGUGGGAAAGACCAAGAUUGGAGGGAAUUGAUUUUAAGAAGGUGACACCUGAACAAAAUGCAAUGUUGGUUUCACAAUUUACAAAAAAGGAGAUAAAGGAAGCAGUGUGGGACUGUGACAACUACAACGCACCAGGACCAGAUGGUUUUAAUUUUGGUUUUCUAAAAGCAAUGUGGGAGACAGUGAAAAAUGACGUAAUAAGUUUUGUUGAUGAUUUUCAAAAGAAUAGGAAGCUAGUUAGAGGUUCAAAUGCAUCAUUCAUUAUUUUAAUACCGAAGAAGGAGAAUCUGGUAAGAGUCAAGGAUUAUAGGCCAAUUUCUUUAAUUGGUUGUAUGUACAAAAUCAUUGCAAAGUUACUAGCAAACAGGAUAAAAAAGGUGAUGGAGGGAUUAAUAAGUGAACAACAAUCUACAUUCAUACAUGGGAGACAGCUAAUGGAUAGCGUUAUUGUGGCCAACAAAAUCAUUGAUGAGAUCCAAAAGAAGAAAAAGAGCCCCAUUUUCAAAAUUGACUUUGAGAAGGCUUAUUGAUGAGUUUAAUUUUGAUAUGCAUUUAUCUACCCUUUUUGAGCUUAGAAUUUAAUUUUUUGGGUCCUUUGUAACUUAGUUGCACCUUGGUUUACAUUAAUUUCAUUGUUUGUAGGUGAAAAUUAAGAUAGGAAUUAAUU